AUGGACGAUAACCAGUUGAUGGAUAUGCUGAUGAACCAGGGAGAAGACGCCCUGCACAUUGAGGUCGACCUUGGGUCGAAGGCUACGGGUCGGUCCAUUGAAGAGACCCUGCUGGAGAUCACUGACGCGGGGUAUGGGGAACCUGAUCCCAAUGCUCCCGCGACUCAAGUCGAGCAGCCUUCUGCCGCUGACAUCAUCACCAUAGCUGAUCCCGGAAGGGAGAAGGAGGUUACCUAUACCGGCCGGGAUGUUAAAGGAUCCGGUGCGAAGAGGCAGAAGAGAGAACUUCCGGUACCCGACGCGUCGCCGUCACUUGGCCUACUGGCCCCUGCCAUUCCGGUAAUCCCUAAGAAGCCCAUCAAGCAGCUGCUGAGUGAGUACGGGGUUGCUGAUGAAAAAUUUGUGCGGUCCAUGCUUAGCGAUCUGAAGGAUAUUGACCUCGACCGGGUGCGGGCCAAGGACAAUACCCCCAAGGAGAAUCGCCGUCUCGCCCGGGAAUCUAUGAUGCGGGCCCUGUUCAAUGUGUACGCGGUUGAUGCCAGCGAGGAAGAUACUCAACUGAAGGAGGAGGUUAGCAAUCUCUCCGGGCAGGUGAAGUAUCUGCAUGGUGAGAAGGCCAAGCUGGAGAAGGAGCGGGACUCCUUGAGGCAAAAGAUCGAGUCCUUGACUCCACUGGUUGCCGAGAUGGACGCGGCAAAGCAGCGGAUCGCGGAGCUUGAGGGUGAACUCACCGAGGCGCGGGAUGAGGUAAAGAAUGCUCGGGACUCGGAGAAGGAUGCUGCAGAGUCUGCCACAUCAUGGAAGGAGAAGGCAGACUACUUGGAGGAGCGUCUUCCCGUGGAGAAGCGCGAGGCCGUGGAGGAGUACAAGGCUUCCGAGGAGCUUAUUGCGAUGCUUGCUGCUGCCCAAGACAAGGCUGUUAUCAUGAAGUUCAAGGAGUGGGUGGCGGCCGGGUACUUGGAUGAAGCCAAAUUCAGAGUAAUUGACAACAGCUAUGUCCGGGAAUGCCCGGUGUAG